GAAGAGCGAGCGAGCGCGUGCAUGGGCCGUUGCUAGGCAACCAAUGCUGCUAACAAGACGGGGCCUGAGCUAGCCAAAAACUACGUCAAACGGUAAUUUGUCAACACUUCUUGCUCGACAACUCACCAGCCAUGCCGCCUCCGGAGACUAUGUACUGUUCCCAGCAAAUCAUCAUCCCAAAAGGGCUGCCAAACAUCCUCAAGAACUUCACAAAGGCAGCCAUCCGAACACAGCCCAAAGACCUGCUGGUGUGGUCUGCAGCAUAUUUCGAUGCGCUGUCUAAAGGAGAGACUCUGCCAGUCAAGGAGAGACUGGAGCUCAACGUCAACGACAAGAAUAAAGAUGCAACACUGACUCCGGGUCUGCUAAAGACCCUCCACAAGCAGCUGUCCACUGCGGAGACGUGCAGCAGAGAGCAGUUACGUGAGAAAUGGAAGUCCUUGUGUCUGCCCAAGGAACAGCUGGAGAACAUGUUGACAUUGGGUAACUUUGACACGGACAUCACCUGGAUGCAGUUUUUCGCUGUGGGCUGCAGUGCUCUGGGAGAUACCUUCAAGACUUCCCUCAAGGUCGCUUGUGAGAUCCUGACCGAGGAUGAGGAAGGAGCCGCCGCAAGGAUCCCCUUUGACAUAUUUACGAUGCUGUGCACCUACCUGGCUCACCUGGACCCGGAGAUACAACAGGAGAACAUUGACAGCUUUCUCACAAGCCUGGAGCCACAAGUGGAGAAACAGCAGGGAAUGAUCAAACCUGUUGACUUCAUCUAUCGGGAGGACGCCCUGUGAGUCAUCUCAGCUAAAAGUUGAACAAAAUGGCAGUUGCAUGACGCGAGGAGGGUGUGUACAUUCAUUUUAAAGACAAAUGUUUCUAAAUUGCGGAAGCGGGUGAACUCUGUGGACGCUUAAGGGAACCGCCGCUAUGGUGAGCAGCUGUCAGUGAACUAAGCGUCCUAACUAAGCCUUCUAAAUCUUCCUGCGGGAAUGAGGAUGUCAUCAUCUUUGCAGAUUAGAAUAUUCUUAAUUAAUCACUGUGCUAUACAGUACAGCGAAAGUAUAAGUGUAUUACGGUGAUUACACUGUAGAGUGGGGCCUCCAAAACUGAGCACAGGCAAUUUAAACCAAAAUAAAGUAAAACUAUUAAUUUUUAGAACAAUUUCUACACUGCUAGUAUGCAGUAAUGUGUAUUUAUUGUUAUUAAUUCCCCAGUUUGUGGAAGAUGCUAUCCAUAAAUGAAGCUAUUCUGGGAACAUACAAUCCGUUCGUAAUGUUACUGAAAUGCUGUGAGAGACACACAAGCACCAAACCUGAUUGCCGCAACAACAGGUUUGAAUGAGGCAUCCAAAACACAUUUAUAGCAUCACACACAAACAUGUAUUUAAGUCUUACUUUGUAUUAUUUUGUAUUAUUAUGUCUACUAUGUUGGGUAAUAUGAGUGUAAAAGUAUAUUAUAGGGGUGUUAUUCCUUGUCUAGAGGACUCUAAUAAUGUAGAGUCUAUAUUCAGAAGAUUAUAAACAGGUUUUAUAUGUCAUAAAUCAUUAUAUUUUGCAUAAAUCCAGGUCUGGAACCAAUUAACGGCGAUAAAGAAGCAUGGCUUAUGUCUACUAUGUUGGGGAAUAUGAGUAUAAAAGUGGUUAUAGGGGUGUUAUUCCUUGUCUAGAGGGCUCUAAUAAUGUAGAGUCUAUAUUCAGAAGGUUGCAAACAGGUUUUCUAUGUCAUAAAUAAUCCUAUUUUGCAGAAAUCCAGGUCUUGAACCAAUUAACGGUGAUAAAGAAGCAUGUCUUAUGUCUACUAUGUUGGGUAAUAUGAGUAUAAAAGUGGUUAUAGGGGUGUUAUUUCAUGUCUAGAGGGCUCUAAUAAUGUAGAGUCUAUAUUCAGAAGGUUGCAAACAGGUUUUCUAUGUCAUAAAUCAUCAUAUUUUGCAUAAAUCCAGGUCUGGAACCAAUUAACAGCGAUAAAGAAGCAUGGCUUAUGUCUACUAUGUUGGGUAAUAUGAGUAUAAAAGUGAUUAUAGGGGUGUUAUUUCAUGUCUAGAGGGCUCUAAUAAUGUAGAGUCUAUAUUCAGAAAGUUGUAAACAGGUUUUUUAUGUCAUAAAUAAUCCUAUUUUGCAUAAAUCCAGGUCUGGAACCAAUUAACGGCGAUAAAGAAGCAUGGCUUAUGUCUACUAUGUUGGGUAAUAUGAGUAUAAAAGUGGUUAUAGGGGUGUUAUUUCAUGUCUAGAGGGCUCUAAUAAUGUAGAGUUUAUAUUCAGAAAGUAUUAAACAGGUCUUUUGUGUCAUAAAUAAUCCAGGUCUGGAACCAAUUAACAGUGAUAAAGAAGCAUGGCUCAUUUUGUUUUUUUUUUAAUUAUUGAUGAUCAUUCUUGACUAGCUAUGUGCAACCAGGUCAAAAUGGACACCCGGCCAUUCCACCAGAUGAGAAUCCCUGCUUAUGAGUUACGAGCCUUAGAGGCUCUUGUACCAAAGAGCUUGUUUGUCUCCCAUAAUUCAAGCGGAAUUUCCCCAUUUGAUGUUUCGUCAUAAAUCAUCAAGAAAAACACGCUUUUGUUUCACCACAUAAAACGGCCGUGCAACAGCAACCAUGCAAUUUUCAGCUUCGGUUUGCUUUGAUUGAACAUGAGCAACAAAAAUGGAAAUUGAUGUUGCGUUAAUUACUACUAAGCAAACCUUACUUCCGUACUCUUACGCUGCAAGUGUGUCUAACAUGUUUUCUUCACGUUUUAUCCUACUUUUAAAAGUUUGAAAAAGGAAGUUUGGAAGUAGAAAUGCUUUAAAAAUGAGGAAGUCACCCAGGAAGGGGCAGUGUGGAAUAUUAAUAGGCUAAC